AUGUCCCCCAACACGUCCGAAAAGUCGACAAGCCCAGCCGAGGUAGCAUUUGCCAAUGAAGCCGAGCCAUUCGUUCCGAAACCCUUGAUCAGCGACCUGUUGCGCACCCGCUACUGCAUCCCUGGUUCCGUCUUCCUUGUUGAAGACGUCGAGUCGCUCCCCGUGCCACGGUCGAAGCGAUGGAGGGCCAUAAGACUAAUGCUGGGGGACGAACAUGAAGUUGAGGACGAGGUCGUCUCCGAUAGCGAUGUGGAAUCCGUCGCAACUCCGACAAAGCCACGACAACCAAGACCGAUCUCGAUACCCAUAUCGACCCAACGCCCGAGACCACAACGCACGCUUUCGAUCGGGGCACCCGAGGCAAACGCAGAGGCCGACGAUGAAGAUGAAGACAGUUUCGAGGUUAUGCAAGUAUCGGAGACAAAGGCAACUCAACGUAGGGUGCAGGCCAAGUACAAGGGAGGUCCUGUGGCUUUGCCACGCGACUGGACAGACCCGAACACGCCCCUAAAGCUAACCUCUUUACGAUCCAUCCCGAACUUGCCCUACAAACAAAACUGGUCUGUCAAUGUCCUCGCAGUCGUCGCCUCACUAUCCGAAAUCGAGCCGUCCCACAUGCCGCCGCAUCAUACACAACGAACUGCUCGACUAGUCGACCCGAGCACUAGCAAGCAAGUUAUCUUGACUGUUUUCCUCGAUGCUGAGGCCUUCACCCCUAAGAUUGGGAGCGUUGUACUCCUCGUCGGUGUCAAGAAUCACCGAUUUGAUGGUGGUUGCCUUAAGAAAUAUGUUAGCGACAAGCCCAACCCCGGUAGCAGGUGGUGGUAUGAGGAGCCAAGGCAAUUUAACUGGUGUGACGUGGACGGGCUGAAGCAAUGGUGGGAGCAGUCGGGCUCACAAGGAGUCGGAUUCGACGGCUCAUGA